AUGGCAUUUCAAAUGAGAAUAGUGAACUUGUUUUGGUUCAAGCUGCACGGUGAUCGUUCACCCACAAAAACCUUCAAAACGGAUAAAUAUCAAGAGAAGGAUUGGCCUCAAGGAUGGGGGCAAUUAACACCUACAGGAAUGGCUCAACAUGUAGAGUUGGGAAGACGACUAAGACAGCGAUAUAUAGAGGAAUUGAAAUUUGUUGGUCCUCGAUAUAAUAGUCACGAAAUUUAUGUUAGAAGUACUGACUGGAAUAGAACAUUAACUAGUGCUAUAUCGAAUUUUAUUGGCUUCUACGGCCCCGGAAAUGAUGAUGAAUACCCAAAGGAUUUGGGCGCCAACAAAUGGCCAGGAUGGUAUUUCCCUAUAGCUAUACAUUCAUUCCCUGGAAACGAAGAUUUUAUGGCUCCUGGAGAAUCUGAAUGUAAACGAUUUGAACAAAUAAAAGAGCGGAUAACUUUAACAGAAGAAUACAACUCGACUUUGAUUAAAUACAAAUGGCUACUCGAUUUUUUGAGUGAAAAGACGGGACAGAAUCUUGACCCUUUCGAUAUGUGGAUGAUUAACGAUGCUUUUUAUAUUGAGAAAUUAAAAGGAAAAAAAUUGGUAGACUGGGCAGAGGGGAACCAGACACUUUUGGAUGCAAUUGCUGAACUUGACAAUUUACAGGAAAGAUGGAUGGUUGGGUUAGGUAAUUAUUUAUAUUUAAAUUUUGUGGAGAAAUUUGUUGAAUUCCAGUUUAGAAAAAUUUUACGGAUUUUUGCGGACUGUCAAGAUAAACUUGCGGACAGAAAAUUUGUCCGCAAAAAAAUUUCGGAUUUUUGCGGACAAAAUUUUUUUGAUUUUUUGUCCGCAAAUAUUUUCUCCUCCACAUUCUUUGAUUAA